AUGCCAGACUACCCUGCGGCCUAUGUCCAGGCGUUGCGGGCGGCCGGGCUCACCACCCGGUCGACCCACGAAGAUAUCGCCCUGCUCGAUGAAGAGAGCCUGAAGGAUCUAUUGGUCAGCCUUCUCCAGGUGCUGAAUACACUGGAGGCGGCUGGCACUAGUACUCAUAUGAUCCAGGGGUUCCUUCGCCCUAUAUUGCCUCAUCAGCAAGUGCGGAUAGAGAAUCGUCUCGGGAAAGUAUCUACUCCUGAAAUCCGUACCGACCAUAAGUCUGCAGAGGCUGGACCCAGUCAACCUACAGCACGUGUGACUCGAUCAGCAUCAGCCGCCGCGGAAGGAUCCUCAUCUUCAUUCCCAUCCUCUAAAGGAAAGGAGAAAGAGCGCUCAACUGCAGAAAUCGAGAAGAUCGAAAUGAAGAAGGUAGAAUGGGAGUAG